GGGCGGGGCGGGCGGAGGAAGGGGGCGGGCCCCAGAAGUUGUUGGGCGCUGGGCCGGCGGGCGGGCGAGCGGGCGAGUGGCGGCGGGCCGGCGCGGGCGGACCGGGCCGGGGCUGGAGAAGUUUGCGCGGCGGCUGGAGAGCGCAGGGUGCGGGCCCGGCCGGCCGCUGCGCGCCCGCUGCCAUGGCUUUCCGCAGGAGGACGAAAAGUUACCCGCUCUUCAGCCAGGAGUUCGUCAUCCACAACCAUGCGGACAUCGGCUUCUGCCUGGUGCUCUGCGUCCUCAUCGGGCUGAUGUUCGAGGUCACCGCCAAGACUGCCUUCCUAUUUAUUUUACCUCAGUAUAACGUUAGCGUGCCUACAGCAGACAGCGAGACCGUGCACUACCACUACGGGCCGAAGGACCUGGUCACAAUCUUGUUCUACAUCUUCAUCACCAUCAUCUUGCACGCUGUGGUUCAAGAGUACAUUUUAGACAAAAUCAGCAAACGGCUUCAUCUCUCCAAGGUCAAACACAGCAAGUUCAACGAGUCCGGACAGCUGGUCGUCUUUCAUCUCAGCUCGGUGAUAUGGUGCUUCUAUGUGGUGGUGACGGAAGGAUAUUUAACAAACCCACGGAGCCUCUGGGAAGACUACCCGCACGUGUACCUCCCCUUCCAGGUGAAGUUUUUCUACCUGUGCCAGCUGGCCUACUGGCUGCAUGCGCUUCCUGAGCUCUACUUCCAGAAGGUACGGAAGGAGGAAAUUCCCCGCCAGCUCCAGUACAUCUGCCUGUACCUGGUCCACAUCGCUGGAGCGUACCUCUUAAACCUGAGCCGCCUGGGCCUGAUCCUGCUGCUGUUGCAGUACUCCACCGAGUUCCUCUUCCACACGGCUCGACUCUUCUACUUCGCAGACGAGAACAACGAGAAGCUGUUUAACGCCUGGGCUGCUGUAUUUGGGGUCACCCGCCUCUUCAUCCUCACCCUCGCUGUGCUGGCCAUCGGCUUUGGGCUGGCUCGCAUGGAGAACCAGGCCUUUGACCCCGAGAGAGGGAACUUCAACACUUUACUUUGCAGGCUGUGUGUGCUGCUGCUGGUGUGUGCGGCCCAGGCCUGGCUCAUGUGGCGCUUCAUCCACUCCCAGCUGCGGCACUGGCGGGAGUACUGGAACGAGCAGAGCGCCAAGCGCAGAGUCCCAGCUGUGCCCAGACUACCAGCCAGGCUCAUCAAGAGGGAAUCUGGUUACCAUGAAAAUGGAGUGGUGAAAGCAGAGAAUGGAACCUCCCCACGGACUAAGAAACUCAAGUCUCCCUAAGGCCAAAGGCUGCCAACAGGAAUCCUCUCGCAGGGCCCAGCAGGGAGGCGGGGAGCCUGCCUCCACCCCUGCGGCCUCUGUCCCUGCCUCCCCCUUCCUGCCCCGGACGCUCCUUCUCAAACAGCAGGCACCUGUCUUCAAACAGGGCUUCUCCUCUGUCAUACUUCUUGGCUGUCUCUUCUUCCAUAAACCAUUCUCAAUAAAACCAAAAAUCUUCCUCUUUCUCUCCCUCAAGCCACCUCAUGUCCUCACCUCUGUCCUGUGUUGGGUUUUCUAGAAGCCCAAUUUCUCAUGGUUAUCUUUCUGCUUGCCUCCUCUUUCUCUUCCUUCAUGGCUGCUGCCUUCUCUUUGUACUUCUUCAGUUCACCAUAUUGUGCAAUUUUUCUGUGUCUGAUUUUUACAAUGAGAGGGAGCUGAGAUCGCAGUCCUGGCCAUCCAGCACCCAGCGUCAGUCCCCAGGACCUGUCAAGGUCUGGAAGCCUCGUGCCAAGGAGCCUCGGCCUGGGGCAGGUCGCAGGCCCCCCGGUGGCCCCCAUGUGGAUGGGCAAGAGGAGGAGACUACCCUUUCAGAUGACCGUCUCCUAGGUGCUGACUAACUGACGAGAUGUGUGAUUCCAGUUCGGCACGCGCCGUCGUGAGGCCCCGCAGCGCCACUGCUGGUUGUAAAUGCCAAGGCCUUUGGCUUCGGGACAGGAUGUCUUGGUCCAGAAGGAUGGUAUGAGCUGCGUUGGGUCCUGUGACUGGAGACAGCUUACUGGUGGCCACUCCCAGCCUGGAAACCACCCUGCUCCCGCUCAGUCUGGGAGGUGCUACAGGAGGACAGGUCUCCCGCUCUGGAGCAGGGGCAAGCGCACCAUGCAGCAGGCUCUUCCGGAAAGGUGCUGGCAGCAGAAGUGGUGGCCGAGUCCUCCUAGGCCUCUUGUCCGCAGCCUCAGUUGCUUUUCAGCCAUUCACCAGCAUUCAAAAAACCAAAUGAAACCGCCAUUAACAGACCAGCCUGGGAUUUGCUGGUCCUGAACCCCAGACCCGGCCGGCCUUGUUCCCCGACGCCAUCUCUAGCUGCAGGAACACUAACCGCCACGUCGGCCCCUUGGUGCCCCAGGGAGCGUCACCUGGGCCACUCACCCUCUGGCCUCGCUCAUUGAGUGUUCUUCAGAAUUGUUGUUGUCACCUGAUGUUUGCUGGGCACACUGACAGCUUCCAGACCGCAGGACCCAGGGCUGAGUCAGAGUCACUCUGCUGGCUCGGGAGCAGACACAGCAGUACCGACAGGCGGCUUCUGCCCCGGCCCUCACUCAUGCUCUCCCCUCCCUCCACCAAAGCUGAGGUCUCCAGGUCCUUAUGAUGCCUGGUGAGGGCUUCCAGAAGGGGCGUUAGGCUUUCAGAGUCCCGAUUAAGAAGUGAACUCUGCUGAGGCGAGGGGCGGCGGUUCUUGAUGGCACAGGACUGUCAGUGUCAUUCGACGUGCUGGUUCUCUUUCUGAUGUCACAGGAGAAAGCAAACCUUGGAUUAUUACCCAAAGGGGGAGAUGGGUCUUUCCAUCAGACAUCACUUCUCCAGUGGCUGAGGGAUUUGUUACCUGACACUGCUGUCGACCCUUACCUCGUCCAGGUUCAGGUGGCAGAAAUGGGAAGAACUAUCCUUGGCUUCUGAUCACCCUUAGGAAAACACGCACUUCUCCCGUCCUUCCCUCUCGUCCCUGACGCUUCUCUGGGCAGCCAGGCAGAAUGUUGGUAAAAGGGUGCACUGGUCUCACCCCAACAGACGCGGUCCAGACCCCUUAGCCAUUUCCAUCUAACAGCACUGAUGCGGCUGGUGUUGUCACGCCCCCGCCUUGUCUGGUGACUGCUAAUGGAGGGGGUGUUCAGCCAGUGGCCGCCUCAGCCGCCCCGUCAGCCUGGCUGCCUGUCCAGUUCUAUCCGGGCUGCAUCCUUGGCAGGCGCUUCUGCUCCCCCCAGGUGCGCCCUGGGGAAGCCGCUGAGCUGUGCCUGCAGCAGAUACUCGAGUCCAUGGUGUGUGCGGGGUGCUGCAGGUGGCGGGUGCUGAGUGACAGUCCAGGUCGUGCCAUCAAGCAGCCUCCCUUCCCAUGGACAGGGUGUUGGCCCCACAUUCCCAAGGUCUCCCGCGGGCUCUGGGUGCAGCAGUGUAGUGCGCCUUGGUGGUGGUGGCACCAUCAACCCAGGGGCCGGGCGACUCCAGCUCUGUUCCUCCAGGACAGCAUUCAUUCAGCAGUGAGAGUCAACAAAAGCUUUUCUGCUGUGAAAACCCUGAGACUCUGAGUAAGGCUAGCAUCUCACCAGCCGGUCUUCAGGAGUGACUUAGGGAAGAGGUGGCUGAGGGGGUAGUUGCAGGGUCUUUGUCACCCCACCGGCGUUCCUGGCACAUUUAUUCCGAGCAGAGCCAUGGCUUUGGCAGUUUGGCUCUAACCAUGUUGCCAGGGGCCAGAACGACUUGGUUCCACUUCAUCCUGUGAGCCUGGUGGGCUGGUCUGGCCCAGUCUGCCCCAAUUUGGCCCCUCUGGCUGUUUUCUUCAGUCUCAAACACUCUCCUGCUGCCAAAGUGCCGAGCCACCUGUGACGGCCCUGCCAGACGCCCCCAGCUCGAGAGGCCGCUCAGCGCUGUUCGCCAAGAGCUGGCGAACAGAUGCUAAUCUACCUCAGCAACCGCUGCCCCGCUCAGCAUCGCUGACCGGCACCGGCCUGGGGGAAGCGGGCAGGUGGCAGUGGCAGGAGAGCGAGGAUCCCGUGCUCUGAUUCCCCUCCUUGGAGGUUAUUUUUACCAUCCAGGCUCUGAUAGCUGUACUAUUAAUAAGUUACAUGCGUUCGUUUUGAAAGUAGAGGAAGGUUCUGGGGGAACUGAGGAGAGAUGCUGCUCCCAUUCCAGUCGCUCCUCACCCUGUGUGUGUCUGGGCCACCGGCCCUAAAUUGUUGCUGAGAACCUUUUCCAUUUCUGCCCCAAGGCAGAAGUCGCCAGCAUUUCAGAAACCAAAAUAGACGUCUGUGCCCUGGCCCUCUCUGCGGGUGCCUCUCGAGACGGGCAUCCCUCGGGCCCUAGAAGCGCCCAAAGGCUGGGCUGGAUGUUCCAGGGGUGUGCACUUCUGGUUUCUCUCUUGGGACCUUCUUCGUCAGCACCCUUUGAUGUUAUUGUAAGUGGUGAAUAAGAGGUAGGGGCAGACAGUGCACCCCCUCCCAAAAUUCCGGAGCAGAACAUUCUGUUUCCUGGAUGCCUUUUGAAUUUGAGGCGGCUUGCUGACCCCAUGUGGCCGGGGGAGGCUUGGUGUGGGUUUCCUUUGUGGCUUCAGCCUUCCCCGGUGGUGUUUCCUAGGCCUGGGGGGAGAUGAAGGAGGGUGGUCUGGACAGAACUGCCCUCCCGAGGCCUGAGUGUCGCAGGGAGCGGCCUUCGUUCUCCACCUUCCAGGCCUCUGCCCUGUCCUCCUCUAACAGCGAGUGUGCUGAGUGAGUCAGGUUGCUGAGUGGUCCAGCUGCCUUCCCGUGCUCAGCCCUGGUCCUCAGGAGGGACUCUGGGCACAACUGGGGAAUUGGGUCAUUGUCAGAUCACUUGAAAACCUAAAGAAACUCCCUCUCCUGCCCAGGGCUGGCCCAGUGAGGAAGGCUUUACUGACCUCUCCCACUCUUUACCCCGUUCUCGGUUCUCGCAUGCAUGUCAUCUCCUCCCAAAAGGCUGAGAAAGCCUGCUCCUCCGCUGCCCCACCCCCCCUUUUUAUGGAGGUCUCAGAAGAGCCCCGCGACAUUGGGACUUCCGGGCUCUGCGCCUCAGAUCCUUAUUCUCUUGCUGUAAGAAGUGCCUUACUUGCCGGGUGGUUUUCGGUCUUCCCUUGUGCUGUGUGGCCUGCCCCCAGUUGCCAGGGCUUAGGGCUGUCCGUCAUGUGCAGCCAGGGCCACUGGACCUGCUAUAGUUACAUGUAAAAGGGACACGGAUUGGGACAGUUUUGCCUCAUCCAUCUCUCCCACAUUGUGAUGGGUCUGUGCCACGUCCUCUGUUCUUUCUGGUUUCUCCCCCGUGUCAGUUUUCUGUGAGGCCCAACCGCAGGCUCCUGUGCCUGCUACCUAUUAAGGGAAGCUCAGGGGUCCCCUGCGCCUCUGGCCUCACACGGUGAGCCCUGCUCUUCCAGUUCCCCCACAUUAAAAGGAAAGGCACCCUUGUGAUAACCUCUUCCCAUCUCUCUGGCUUCCCAUUCAACCCAAAGUCUAUAUGAUAAAGGUGUUUACUUUUACUUCCCAGUCACAAGUGUUGACUCCUGGAUGCCCGUGUGACGGUGGGUUUGGUUCGGCUGUUACAGAACUUCCUGGAGCUCCUCAUUCAGUGUCACCUUGUGUUGGCAGCAGUGCCCCUGUUCCCUGCUGGCCUGCCUUUCCUUGCUCUUCCGGGUUGUGCAAUAACUCUCCCAGCCAGUGGUCCUUUCCACAGGCUUUGCUAUCCCUUACAACACCCUGCAACUGAGGAGGGAAGGGACCAUGGGAGGGGUGGUGGUCAUCCCCUACAGAAGACACAUCAGCCACUUUCCUUCUGUUACUGUCAUUCUCGUGACCCUGGCUGGCUUUCUGUGGCACUCUAGUAGAACAUUGUAGCAUCAUCUUAGAAGUCCAUAUAUUUUUUUAAAAAUCUGUUGAAAAGGAAAAAAAACCAUCCUCAUGACGGGGCAUUAGUAAGUCAGCAUCUGGGAAUAAGAUGACACCCGAGACAUCACCAUCACUCUGCCUAAGAGCAUUCCAGAGUUUCUAGUUCAUGUGGAGAGGAAGGGGAUUUUCCUGAGAGCCAGCCCCGCGUGGACAGCCCUGUUCACCUGAUAGGACCGGGCUGUGACUAAGUGCUGCCAUGUCCUUGGGUACAGAUUCGAGUGUUUAUGUGAUGAGACGAUAAACCUCACUUUUCAGUUCCUCGUGUUUAAUAAACAUCUGAAGGAUGAGCUGAGGCUGCUGGUGUCCUGAGCAACUCAAUGCAAACGUGGACAGACCGUCUUUGUUUUUCCACUUUAGCCUGUUCAUGUCAUGGACCAAAUUUCAACAAGGAACUCAAGGAAAACUUGUACAUGCAUAUUUAUGCUUUCAUGUCAAAGGGUUUUGGGGGGGACUUUUUACUUUCAGUGAACUUUUUCCAAAAUCCUUUUUCCACUGUUUCUGUCUGGUUUUAAAACAAAUUACGGUUUUGUAUGGAUUUUUUAAUGCACAUUUUGAAACAAAUGAUCAGCAAAUAUUUUUGAAAUAACUGAAUAAAAGGUAUAGAAUUAUCAGUCUAA